GUAAAUCCUUUGCAGAGCUGCCAGGGAAUCUUACCAGACUGCUCAUUGCUUCCCCAGCGCUUCCCUUCUCUUUUAGUCCUCUGUCAGCCUGAGGCGCUCAGUAUCAUGCAGCAGAGCUGAGGUGCCGACAGGUUUGGGCAGGGGAAUGCCAGGCGGACAUUUUAGGUUGGUUAUCCGGAGCCAUUUUGUGAGGAAGGAAAAUGCCAGCCCAAAGCGUAAACCAGAGACAAAAGAAAAGCAUCAUGGGCAAGGCCUUUGCCAAAUGAUCUGCUGUUCUGACCUCCACACUGAACAGAACCAAAUAAUGCUGCUGCCAACAUAACGCAAAAAAAUCUACAGGAUUAUUAAGACAUGACUCAAGAUACCGCCCUAGACAUGAAAGACGUUGAACUGAAUGAAUUGGAUCAAGAGAAGGUCCCAAUGGCAGGUGGGGCUGGGGACAGCCCAACUGGAGGGGGAGAGAAGAAUGGCGUUGUUAAGGUGAAGCUUGAAGAUGAUGAUGCGAUUGGAACCAAGAGUCAGAAAUUUACAGGGUUGUCUAAAGAAGAAUUACUGCGAGUAGCUGGUACCCCAGCAUGGGUGAGAGUCCGAUGGGCAUUGCUGAUCCUGUUUUGGUUAGGCUGGGCUGGCAUGCUAGCAGGAGCUGUGGUCAUCAUUGUACAAGCUCCUCGCUGCCAGCCUUUGCCAGCAAUGGAAUGGUGGAACAAGGGACCCCUCUACCAAGUUGGAGAUCCAGCAACCUUUCAAGAAGAUGGGGCAGGAAAUAUUCAGAGUAUAGAGAAGCGCCUUGAAUCACUUACCAGUCUGAAAAUAAAGGGUUUGAUUAUUGGUCCAAUACAUGCUACAAAGAAAGAUGAAAUUGACAAAACCAUACUCACUGAUAUUGACCCUAAUUAUGGCACACAGGAGCAAUUCACCAGUCUGCUGGAAGCUGCGCGCAAAAAGAGUAUCCAGAUCAUCUUGGACCUCACUCCUAAUUACCGCAGUGAAAAAAGCUGGUUUGAAAAGACUGACAUUAACUUUGAGGAUAACGUAAAGGAAGCAAUUAAUACUUGGCUGGAACGCGGUGUCGGAGGUAUAUACUUUGGAGACAGUGAGAAUUUGCCCAAUACAAGCAACUUUAUAUAUGAAUGGGGGAACAUGACUGCCAAUUUCAGCAAAGAAGGAAAACCAAGAGUCCUGCUGUUAUCCUCAAAUAGUACUCAAAACAAGCUUGCUGGCAACUUCAACGAGACUGAUGGCAUACUCUUCUAUCGCUUCCUGGAUGCUGAGAACAAGAAAAGCUUUAGAUCUUUGGGUGGGGACAUCAAGCAGUAUGUGGAAGAAACUGGCAUCCUGGGAAACAGUUGGAUGAUUGGAGCACCACAAAUGGGCCAUAUGGCUUCUUUGGUCAACGAAAAGCUAUUUCGUGUGUACCAGCUGCUCCUCUUCACACUGCCAGGCACACCAAUCUCAUUGUACGGGGAUGAAAUUGGACUUAAAGACCUUCCUAGCAAGCCUGCUCAGUCUUCAAGACCUAACAUGCAGUGGGAUGAAGUUUCAGUGGCUGCUAAUUCCCCACAAAUCUUAUCCGAUGUAAAUGCAAAUGUCACAUUUAAGGCACAGGAUACUGACAAGGGGUCGUUCCUAAACAUAUACAGGAAAUUGAGUGACCUGCGUGGGAAAGAACGAUCCCUCCUGCAUGGGGAAUUUGUAUUACUGUAUAACAGUGACAAGGCCAUAGCUUUCCUAAGGAGCUGGGACCAGAAUGAGCGAUAUGUGACAGCCUUGAACUUUAACUAUGAGGGAGAGGUAGAACUCUCCUUGAAAAAGGACAGAGGCGAAGAGCUGCCAGAACACGGCACAGUAGUGUUGAGUUCCAGCUCCCAACGAAAAGAAGGGGAAAGUGUUUCCCUAAAAAGCUUGCAGUUAGGAGCUGGAGAGGCUUUACUCCUUAAAUACCCUUAUAGUGGAUAACCCCCUACAUCCCUGUGAGGGGCAAACACUUACACAUUCCACUUGCUGACCCUUCUUUCCAGUGCCAAGAAGCACAUGUUGUUAACCUUCCCUUUAAACCUUUUAACACAUCCCUACCCUUUGUGGCAGUGGCAUAUACUGUAACCUGCCAUUUAUAUUUGCCAAGCGGUCAUAUUUUUCAUGUUCAGAGGAUAAAAACUUAAAAACAGUUUCUGAAACGCGUUAAGAGCAAUAAGUGGAGUGUUGUUUUCUGCUUAGUUUUGUCAUACACGUGCUCUGAGGUGUGUUUUUAUGUUGUCAUUUCAUGUUUUAAAGGCUGUGGCACUUUUAGCCCUCUGAGCAUGGAGAGAUGGGCCGCAGCCAGGGGAAUAUGAAUGUCUGUGGAUCUUGUGUAUUUGGGGAGGGGAAAGUUUGGUUACAGUUGUGCAACAUGGUGCUGGUCAGCAAAAAAUUCCUACUUCAAUAAAGUUAGUGUUUGUUUCAUAGG